AUGACCAUGGGAAAAGAUAUAGCCGAUGAGUAUGCAGAGGCCAUUGAUCCCGAAAUCUACGCCAACAAUCCUGCAUAUUCCUCUCUCUUUAACCCAUAUAUUCACAAGCAAACGAUAAUCGCCGAUCAUGUCUCAGUCCAGUGCCACAUCGACCUCAAUGGAAUUGAUGCCGUUGGGUCGAAGUUCGGCAAUGUGAAUGCACAUGCUGGUAAUUUUACAUCGCUAUGUGCACCGAACUGUCUCCCUGAAAGAUUUGCCCUUAUCGCGUACACUGUGGAAUACGCCUUCCUUCAUGAUGAUGAAACCGAUAAUGCUGCGGACCAAGAAGCGAUGUCGCUGGAAAACGAAAUGCUUCAUCAAGCUAUUAACCAGAGCGGUAUGACCUCUGUAUCGACCAGAGUUUCACCCAGAGCACAGCGCAAAGCCGAGGUCCAGGCCAAGAUCGCGGCCGAGUACCUGCGUCUGGAUCCCGCGUUCGGUGAAUUUUUCCUUAAAGCCUGGCAAACAUUCACUACGUCAGUACAGGAUGUGAGAAGUCUUGAAUUCCCUUGUCUAGACGAUUACCUGGCAUUCCGAAUCGUUGAUGCAGCCGCAGACUGGACUCUGUAUAAUUUCCGAUGGGGCUCAGACAUCACCCUCACCCCGGAGGAAGAAAAGAUCUCCGAUCCUAUGAGCUACGCCGCAUAUGCGGAAUUAUGCUUAGUGAACGAUUUGUUCUCUUGGGAGAAGGAAUAUGCAUCCCACCUCAAAAACAAUGGGGAAGUGCCAUUGAUCAAUGCCGUACAUAUUGUUGCGGUUACACAGGGGUUGACGCACUGCGCGGCAAAGGCAGUCGUCCAGGCCGAGAUCCGAGCACACGAAGAGCGAUUUGUUUUGUUGAAAGAACAAUACGAGGCAACGUCCAACCCGUCCGAUUCAGUUCUCAGGUGGCUGAAGCUGCUUGAGCACUCCAUGGCUGGAAACUGGGUUUGGAGUCUUUGUACUCCUCGUUACUUCAAAAUCGACCGGAAUCCUUAUAAAGAUCACGUUGAAAAGUAUGGCAGCGACGCUGUGCAAGUUUUGACGAUACCAGAACAGCUUCGUAACUCCAAACAGGAGGCCAAAGACACCCCGCAGAGUGCGAUCAAAGAUACGACUUCAACAGAUAUAGAGAGUGAUGUGCUGGCUAAGUACUCUCCUGGGUAUCCCACAGUUGACGAGGCAAGUUUCUACAAAGAGGUUGUUGAAGGCGUGGAGACCGAAGUGCUAACUAGAAAUCAACAGCCCGUGUUGAAUCCCUACACAUAUAUCAACUCCCUACCUUCUAAGAAUGUGAGGCAGACAUUGAUAGCAGCUCUGAACUCAUGGUACAAGGUGCCGAUGAAGUCACUCUUGAUCAUAGAGGGUGCAGUCAACUUCCUGCACAACUCAUCAUUACUACUUGAUGACAUCCAGGACGGAAGUGUCCUGAGACGCGGAAAGCCAGUCGCACAUCAGAUAUUCGGCGUUGGCCAAACCAUCAAUACAGCGACAUAUCUGAUGAAUGAAGCAUUGUGUCUUAUCCAGAUGCUUUCACCAUCUGCGGUCUCAGUUUACACAGAUGAAAUGCGUAACCUCCAGCUCGGACAGGGACGAGAUCUCCACUGGAGCUACCAUACCCAUGUCCCAACCCCUGCGCAGUAUAUCAGCAUGGUUGACGGCAAGACUGGAGGUCUAUUCCGUCUCAUCAGCCGUCUCAUGAGAUCAGAGGCCACGAUGAAUAGUGACCUUGAUAUAAGUCAGUUCGCUACCUUGCUGGGAAGACACUUCCAGAUCCGGGAUGACUAUCAGAACCUCCAAAGCGAAGAUUACACAAAGAACAAGGGCUUUUGUGACGAUCUCGACGAAGGAAAGCUAUCCUUCCCAGUCAUCCUAUCGAUGCAAUCACCCGGCUUCUCCAACACAACGUUGUCAAGCGUGUUCAAGGGUUCUCAAAAAGGCGAAACCAUGACGCUCGAGAUGAAGCAGUACAUACUGGAGGAGAUCGUUGCUCGGGGAGCUUUCACGGAGACUAAAGCCGUUUUGAGGAAAUUGCACACUGAACUCCUACGCCUCCUUAUGGAAACUGAGAAGCAAGCCGGUUGUAUAGAGAACUGGGCGCUGCGGUUGUUGAUUAUGAAGCUGGACAUCGGCGAUGAGAAGAAAAAGGUGACACACAAGAGUGAUUCUCACUGGAAGAUCAAUCAGCGACGGGCGUGGAAAGGAAGUCAGAAGAAUGGCCGGCCUAUUGAUAAAGCUUGCUUUUUGAGGGCUAUGGAAGAGGCGAUUCAGAAAUGA